CUGGGCGAAGCGAAAAAAGCCCAAGGCCCAAGAGGGGAGGAGGAGGAGGGAGACGAGAAAGUGGCGCGCUGGGGGCGGGAGGAGGCGUGGAGAUGCUCGGCAACCGCCGCUAAGCUGACCCGCCCGAGGGCCAAGGAGCAACUCGACCCGGCAGAUGCUUGCCUAACACCUGUUUGCAAAAACCCUGGAGAUCAGGAUUGUACCACCACCCUUAACAACUUAACCCAGCCCACCUGCCAGACAGUUGCUCAGCAGAGCCGCUCGGCAUGAACACUGCAGACAGUGGAAUUGGCAGCCUUUGUGCAAUAUGCGGAGACAGAGCAACAGGCAAGCACUAUGGCGCCUCCAGUUGCGAUGGGUGCAAGGGGUUCUUCCGACGCAGCAUACGAAAGAAUCAUGUUUACACCUGCAGAUUUAGCCGGCAAUGUACUGUUGAUAAGGACAAGAGAAAUCAAUGCAGAUACUGUCGUUUAAGAAAGUGUUUUCGCGCUGGGAUGAAGAAGGAAGCUGUGCAAAAUGAACGGGACAGGAUAAGUACAAGACGAAGUGCAUCGGAUGGCAGCAACAUUCCUUCUAUUAAUAUGUUGGCCCAGGCGGAGUUGCUUUCUCACCAGCUCCCUGUUUCAAGCCCCUGUGCUGGUACUGACAUCAGCGUUAAGAAAAUUGCUGGCAUUAGCGAAGUAUGUGAAUCUAUGAGGCAGCAGCUCCUGGUGCUUGUAGAAUGGGCAAAAUACAUUCCAGCUUUUUGCGAACUACGGCUGGAUGAUCAGGUUGCCCUGUUAAGAGCACAUGCUGGAGAACACCUUUUGCUUGGAGCAGCAAAACGCUCUAUGCUUUACAAAGACAUUAUUCUUUUAGGUAAUGAUUUUGUAAUCCAUCGCAACAGUUCCGAAAUUGAGAUCAGCCGAGUAGCAAACAGGAUACUGGAUGAGAUAAUACGACCAUUUCAGGAGAUCCAAAUUGAUGAUAAUGAAUAUGCUUGCUUAAAAGCAAUUGUCUUCUUUGAUCCAGAUGCAAAAGGACUGAGUAACCCAAUGAAGAUCAGGAACACGAGGUUUCAAGUUCAGAUCAAUUUGGAGGACUACAUCAAUGACCGUCAGUACGACUCCAGGGGACGCUUUGGAGAACUCUUACUACUUCUGCCCACCCUUCAGAGCAUCACCUGGCAAAUGAUUGAGCAAAUACAAUUUGUGAAACUGUUUGGAAUGGUUAAAAUUGAUAGUUUGCUUCAAGAAAUGUUACUGGGAGGUACGUCUAGUGAUGCCACGAAUCUCCACCAAGUUCAUCCUCAUCUAGCCCAAGAUCCCCUCACUGGACAAACUCUGCUUAUAAGUUCAGUGGCUGCUCCUGUACAUGCAGAACCGAUUUCAACUCCCGAAACUCCUCUGCCUUCUCCUCCACAAGGCUCUGGUCAGGAAUACAAGGUAGCUGCAAACCAAGUUACGGUUAUUUCACAGCAAUCUCUUCCAAAACAAAAGCCAUUGUGAUAUUGAUCAAUGCUUCUUCUUUUUGUAAUACAAGCACUGCAUUAAGCCAUUGUGACACUGGAAAACUCAGGACAAAUAACUCAGAUCUGCUGUUAAAGAGACAAGUACAGUUCCCUUUGGAGAAGUUUUUUUAUAUAUAAGAAAACAACAAAUAAAUCACUUUUACUAACUUUUUUUUUUUAAAAAAAGCUUGAAUUCAGAUAUAAUUUGUGGGUGCAAGUAGGUGAACAGAGAAGGGGAAGCUGUUCCUGUUUGCAAUGCAUUUGAAUCAGUAUUGAAGAAAUUUAAUUUAUUGUCCCCUUAUACAUGAAAAAGUCUUAAGUAUCACUAGCGGAAUGCAAAGCCUGAAUUUAAUAGAACUGCAAGCUGAAAUUUAGAAAUAAUGAAACAGCAAAGCAAGUAGUUUUAACAGUUAAUCAAAGCAGGUGUCUCAUUUUCUUGAAUAUACAAGGGAGGUUGAAAGCCAAAAUACUUCCUGCAAGCAUCUAUGUGACGUAUGUGUGAAUUGUAUAGUGAAAUCCUGUACAUGUUUACUCAAAAAUAGGACCCAUUGUUUUCAGUGGAGCUUACUCUCAGGCAAGUAUGCAUUGGAUUCUAACCUAUGUGGAAGCAAAUCUCCUUAAUUUCAAUGGAAUUUAUUUUAAGUAAGUGAAUACUGCUGUGGGAUUUGUUUAAAAAUGUAUUGUCUUUUGCUCUUAAGUAAGAGUCUCUUGUAAAUAAGUUCUGUUUUUAAUGUUGAACUGUGGGUUUUUAAAAAGCUACUAUUUGAAAUGUGAACUAUAAUUUUUAAAAGGAUUAAAUAAGGAUGUUAGCAAAAAGUGGAGAAAUAUUUUCCCCAUUUACGCUUUCUCCUGAAGUGGAAAAAUUAGAAAUUUGGGGGGAAAUUGAAGGGGGAAAAAAGCACGUAUCUUCUGAAGUAUUCUAUUAGAAUGAAUAGAGCAGUGUUCUAAACUAGCACUGUUGUAGCCAGUACACACAGCUGCAAUUUUUUUAGUUCCAACAUUCAAAGUUGGGAAUAUUAGUGAUUAAAACAUUGGUACUAUGUUUGUCUUGGUUUCUAAACAAGCAACACUCUUAUCACUUGAUGUUGAAAAAGUACAUCUAAAUAUUUUCCAGUAUAGAAUACGUUCAGAUGGCUGGUAGCCUAACACGCUCUCUGACCGUUGAUUCUAUUUUGCAUUUUUUGUAUCAAGUGAAAUAAAUGGAUGAAUGUUAGAAAAUAGACACAUGCCCUCUUAUAACAUGCAAGCAGGAAAGUGUCGAGAAACUUGCUUCAGUUCAUACAAGACCUUCAAACGUUGAUGGUUUAUAUUUUAUCUUCUAUCUUUCUCUAUUUUCCCAGCUGGCAAAAAAGGGAGGGGGACUACAAAAGACUUUGAUACCAAAAGCUUACAAUAGCAUAUCAUACGCUGGAUUUUUAAUCAAUAAAAAUAAGCAUAUCCAAUUUAAAAUGUCAUGCAACCAAAAAAGUUUCACAUACUGAAUAGCACAAUGUUAUGUGUUGUGCUAAGUUUUUAAAUGAGCAAAGUGAGUUUAGCUUUUAUAAGAAAGUACUGGAUAUAUUUCAAUUCCCCCCAAAUUUCUCUCUUUUGUUCUAGAAAAAACAAACAAAUGGGAAAACAUCCUCCAUGUGACUUUAAAAUAUCCAUAGAUUUUACAACUGUAGACCCAUAUCGGCAUAGUAUCAAAGCUGUUGCAGUUCAGUUCUUUGUCAUGCUUUUCCGGUGACAUCAAAACCAUUGGACCAAUGUCAUGGCACCUUUCUUACACCAAAGUUGUUCCUAAUAGAGAUUGGGUUGUGUCAUAAUGCCCACUCUGGGUAGCAGAUCCCAGAAGGCCCUGCAGUAAAGGCCAUGGAAAAGUUAGAUAUAAGAACAUAAGAAGAGCCUACUCUUUGAGGCAAGUGGCCCAUCUAGUUUACCAUAUUGUUCUCAUAGU